GCAUACGUAUGUGUUGACUAUUACGCUUUAACGGUAUCAAAAGUUUACACGCGGUUGUGUAUUUCGGUGGAUUAUUUAAUUGUAAAAAAUAUCAAUUUCGUUAUUAAAAGAUGACGAAAAUUAAGAAAGUAAAGCGAAGAAAGAAGUAUCGUGUGAAUGUAAAUCGAAAAAGACUACGAAAUAAGUUACAAAAGUUACCCACGAUAGAAUGUGAUACAAUAAAACAAGAAUGGGAAAUUUCUAAAUCUACACGUACUAAUCUCAAUGAGAUGGGUUUAGCAUAUGAUCCAAAUGAAGUAUUGCCGAUUCCUAAUGUAAAACGGGAUUUACUAGAAGAGGCUAAACAAAAAUUUAUGUUAAGUGAUUUACAAAAUGAUAGUGAAGCCGAUGACGUAGAUACGGAAAACAAACCAGCUAAAAUUCAUGUAGUUCAAGCUUUAGAAAUUGAUGCUAAAACACCUAGGGAAAGAAUGUUUCGAUUACCUAAUGGUCAAGUACAUUUUAUCACUUAUUUAUUAGACAAAUAUGGUGAAGAUUAUAAGGCUAUGGCACGCGAUAAGAAGAAUUAUUAUCAGUUAACUUGGAAACAAAUUCGUGCUAAAAUAAAAACUUUUAAAGGCAUUCCAGAACAAUAUAACGAAUAUUUAUCUAAGAAAAAUGCAACAUAAUAUUUAUUCUACCAAAUGUAGAAUUUCUGUAUUUCUAUAAAGUACGAGAUUUUGUAUAGAAAUCUGUAUAUUUAUUAUACGCGACUAAGAAUUAAUUUUUAUCACACAUUUACAUUUAAACAUUUUACUUAAUAAAGAAUGAAAAAAUAAAGGAAUGCAAUAAAUAUUAUACAUGACUUAUACAAAUAUGAAUAUAUCCCAUCAGAGCAAUAUGACAAUACUGUAUUGUUUUACUUUAUAUUUUAAAAACAAGAUCUGUUUAAUCAUUGUUAAGCGUUUUGCAGCCUUUUUUUUUUUUAUAAAAAAAGAGAGUAUAUUUUUUGUUUUCUCUAAUAUACUAUUUGUUUUUGUUUAUAUAGAUUAAUUGUGCAAACUUUGGACAAAUAAAAUAAAUAAAUUUAAAAAUAUUAAUUUUUCUUAAGAAGUAGCCAUAGAAAAUACUUUCUUUCUAAUAGCAUUUACAGACAAAUGAUACCAGGUAUAUUCUGUAGCUCCUGAGUGUAAAUCAGGUAAAGGCCUCGUUUGACACCCAAUCACCUCUACUUUAUGUUUGUGUGGAGAAAUACUUUGUAAAUCUAAAGCUUCUUUUACUUGAUCAGGUCUUAGUGCAUUAGAAGCAUCCUGUAAAUAAUAUACAACAAAAUGUCUCUUAUAACAAAUACAAUACAUAUUUUUAAAGUCCAUUAAAAAAUUUUACACAUUGUUUACCUGUUUAUUGGCAAUAACUAAUAUUGGUACAGUAUCCAUCCGUGAAUCUCCUAAUAAUUGCUUAAGCGUUGAAACAGCAAGAGAUAAUUUACUUGUGUCAGAUGCAUCUACCAUAAAUAUCAAGAGAUCAGUAUCUUGUAAGAAGGUAGACCAAUACUUUCUAUCAUUUUCAGCGCCUCCGACUGUAAAUCAUUAUUUUUUAUAACAAACUAAAUAUAACUUCAAUUCUUUAUGAUUUUUUUUUUUAAAUUUUAAUA